CGACCAUCCUAGUCUCCUCACUCUCCCUCUUUCUACCGAUUCAUUCAAUCAGUGGAGGAACAAUUUCCGGUCUCACGGCUGGCUAUUCACUUCAAUAUCUAAUCAUUAUGACGAGGAGGGCGCGCAGCGCGCUGUACCUCCACGCUCUUUCCCUCGCUCUAGCCUUCACACGCGUCUACGUCUACGCACAGAGCACGACACCAAUCGCCUCCGUCGCUGCUCAGUUCUCUCUCUCCACCUCUACAAGUCUACCUUUCCCUUCAGCUACUCUCAGUCCUAGCAAUGCAGGUGAUUUCCUCGUCUCGGGUUGGUCUCUUAGUAAAGGCCACAUAAGCAGCGGCGAAGGCGACCUCGCAUUCAUCAACGACCCCUUUCCAAAUAACCAAGUCCCAGUCUCCAAUCCUAACUCCAACUCCACGAAUGGCACUGUACUGCGAGUAGACUACCCAGCUGGCUCAUUUAACAACAAAACAGGCGGCGCGCAAUUCUCUACACUCUGGAAUUCCUCAACACCUUUCCAAUCUAUGCUCGUUUCCUACGAGCUCGCAUUUGAUUCGGGUUUCGACUGGGUGAAAGGUGGCAAGUUACCGGGUAUCAGAGGCGGUCCGAGUGUCAAUGGUUGUGAAGGAGGCAAGGAACCUAAUGGUACAGAUUGCUUCAGUUCACGGCUAAUGUGGAGGGCGAAUGGUGCCGGUGAAGUUUACGCCUAUAUACCCAAGACGAAUGGUAUCUGCGACUCUGAUGACAUCAAGUGCAACGAUGAUUUCGGUGUCAGCAUCCAGAGAGGCGCGUUUGGCUUUGCCGCUGGGCAAUGGUCUCGAGUAUCACUCCUCGUCCAGAUGAACGACCCACCAGGCGUUUCGAACGGAUAUGUCGCAUUAUACUUUAAUGAUAUAUUAGCCAUCUCUCAAAAGGGCGUACAGUUCCGCAAAGAUAACUCUGUGAACCCAGGUGGUUUCUUCUUCUCGACAUUCUUCGGCGGAGACGACUCCUCCUGGGCCACCCCCGUCGACACACACACCUACUUCCGGAACAUCCAAAUGUGGGGAUCCUCCAACCCCUCGACGAUGAGUAGCAAUAGCAGCGUGCGUGCGAGGGUCAUGGAGUGGGGAUGGGUUAUACUCGUUGCUGUGCUUGUGUUUUUUUGUGGACUUGAGCUUGUGUGAUUUAUGAUUGUGAUUUGUGAUUGUGAUCUGCGAGAGAGAGAGAGAGAGAGAGAGAGAGAGAGAGAGAGAG